AUGCAGUGGUACAAAGAGGUUGGUAAGUACAAAUUACAUGAUGACGACGACGAAGUGGAUUAUCAUCACGAGGGUGAUGUACUCAUUGGCGAUGCUUAUUACAGACAGAUUCAAACGUCAUCAUCAUCGUCGUCGUCGUCUUUGUCGCAACAUCAACAAUGGCCUUAUUUAGAGUAUGACGAUGAAGUCGUCGCCGAUGAUGAUGAAGUGAUGUGGCAGCAGAAGCUUCAACAGCAACUACAAAAUCAACAACAACAAAAAAGAAAUCGACAUUUUAAGAAACAUUUGCUAACGCAUCAACAACAACUUCAACAACAACAACAACAACAACAGCAACAAUAUCACUACCAGCAACAACAACAACAACAUCCAAUCAAGCAGCAACACUACCAGAACAUACUAGAACUGACGAUUCAGAGUGUCAGAGACGAAGGCAAGUACAUGUGUGUUGUUGCCUCACCUUCGGCAAUCAUCAACCAAAGUUCUUACGUCACAGUCAGUCGAAUGACGUCAUCAUCGACGUCAUCUUCUUCCUCUUCCUCGUCGUCAUCUUCGUCCGGCGGUAAUGACGUAACGAAGAUUGUUAUCAUCGUUGUUGUUGUAUCGUUUGUUGUUGUCUUGCUCGCCGUGAUUUUGUUGGUAAAAAAAUUUCACACCAAAGUUAACGCCAAUGAUGGGAGAACCAAUGGGCAGGUUAAGAAAUCGGCUCAACAACAAACACAGCAUCAACAACAACAACAGCAACAAAUGUUGACAAAAACGUUGCUGCAACAAUAUCCGCAACAACAACUUCCUCAUCAUCUGGACCAAAUCAAUGCUUCAAGUGCCGCUAACUCCAACUCAUCAUCAGCAACUCAAAUGCUUCAACAAUUUCCUCAACAAAAACAACAUCCACAACAACAUCCACAACAACAUCCACAACAACAACAGCAACAUCAACAAUUCAUCAUCCCGUCGCCAAUAACUCAACCAGCAACAACAUCGUCCCCUCCUAAUCCAUCUUGUUAUUAUCUGUCCAGUGGCGGAAGCGGAAAUAGUUACCAAAGCAUUGAUCAGAAUCUAAAUCCACUUUUCAACAAGCAGCAACAACCAAAGCUGUUGCCGCAGCAGCAGCAACAACAACAUCAGCAACAAUUUCAACAACAACAGCAACACCAAUUGUUGUAUCCAGGUUUACAGCAAAAAGAUAUAACCUUGUAUGAUUGUGGAGAAUGCUAA